AUGGCAGAAGGAUGGAAGAUAAAAAGGUUGAAUAUCUUUUACUUUUUUCUUCUUCUGUUUGGGAAGGUGAGAGCUUCCACAACAAAGAAUAUAAAACAAAACUUGUUAGAGAUUUUGAUGAAUAAAACUUAUGGCUCUCCUGUCAGACCAGAUGCUGAAACAGGAUUACCAACCAUUGUAACUGUUGAUCUUUUCUUGGAGACAGCUGGAGAAAUGGAUUAUAUGAAGCAAAUUCCAGUUGCCCUUAUUGUGAGUGAAUCUUGGACAGAUUCACGUUUAAAUAUUUCUCAUUGGGACAAAGGCAAAGUUGUGUUCCAUGAAAAUAUGAUUCAUCUUUUUUGGACCCCUAAACUUUAUUUGGUCAGCACAGAAGGAAUGAAGCAGGACAAGUUCACUCAAAAGAUUAUUGUCAAACCCAAUGGAGAUAUAAUGCUGUUACAAAGGAAUAUUUUGAACCUUUUGUGUCAAAAGUCAUUAAGUACAUUCCCUCUUGAUGGACAGAUCUGUGAAAUUUCAUUAAAGAGUUUUUAUUACAAUGUGGAUGAACUUGUUCUGAGGUGGAAUUCCAAAACAGAUUUCAAACAGUCUGUCAGUAUAUUGGAAAUACCAAAUUUUUACCUGAAGGAGAUUUCCUUAACUGAAAGGAAUAUUACUCAGUUUGGUGCUCAUGUCUCUCUGUUGGAUGCAGAAAUCAGUUUGGGUAGAAAAAUGAGUCUCCGAAUUAUGGCCGUCUAUCUGACAAGCACCUUCCUUGUGAUUAUAGCAUGGCUCUCUUUCUGGGUGGACUACCAGGCCACAGCUGCAAGAAUAUCUCUUGGACUCAUCAUUACUUACUUUGAUUACCCACAAUUCGAAUUUGGUACCCACAGCCCAGCCAAAGAAUUCUUAUCCACCGAUAUUAAGGGCUUGGAUAUUUGGUUGACUGUUUGUCUUGGUUUUGUAUUCUUUGCCCUUGUUGAGUUCAUAUUACUCAACUACUGCCUUACCAAAAAAGCAUCACAGAAAAAGAAGCCUUCCAAGUUACCAUCAGUGAUAUCACUGAUUAGUCAACGGAAAUUGAAAAGUAACACGGAGGAUAUUUCACCAAACAAUAUGGUUACAGAAAGAGAAGUUGCAGAAUAUAAAAUUGCUGAUGACGAGCAAAAGAACAUCCUUAAUUGUUGUAAGCUGUCCAAAGUACCCCAGGCAUUGGAUAAAUAUUGUCGUGUUCUAUUUCUCUUAGCUUUUAUUCUUUUUAAUGUAAUCUACUGGGUUGGCCAAACAUACUGA